GCGUGUGCUGUUAAACGAUGUCGUGUUCAAAUAUAUCAAAUGCUAAGAAUGUGACGCUGCAUAAUUAAUUAAAUUACUCAACUGUACCACUUUAUUUCUUUUUUUCCAAUUUUUUUUUUUUUUUAUAAAAGAGAAUUACGUAAAGCGCGUGUGCUCCACCCAAAAAUCUUAAUAACCAAAAACGUCGCCAUCAACCUCGCAGAAACUGGGCCCCACGUGAAGCACAACGCAAACCGAGUUACCAUUUUACACCCACCACCACCACCUCCUUCCUCCUAUCAGUGUGUUUAUUCUACAGAGCAAAAAUGGCAGCAGCUCAGCUAUUUCCUCUUUUCUUCUUCACUUAUUUCCUCUUCACGAACUCCGCUUUCGCCUCCUACUCAAUCGGAGUAAACUACGGAACUGUGGCCAACAAUCUUCCGCCACCUCAACGAGUUGCUAACUUCCUCAAGACUCAAACCGCCAUCGAUCGGGUUAAAAUCUUCGACGCCAACCCCGACAUUCUCCGCGCCUUCGCCGGCACCGGAAUCGCCUUAACUGUCACCGUCGGAAACGGCGAUAUCCCACCUCUCGCGAAGCUUCCUGCAGCGAGACAAUGGGUGGCCGCCAACAUCCAGCCGUUUUACCCCAAGACGGUCAUCAACUACAUCGCCGUCGGCAACGAGAUCCUCGCAACGUCGGACAAGGUUUUAAUCGCCCACCUCUUACCCGCCAUGAAAGCCUUGAAAACUGCCCUUGAGCUUGUUAAUAUUACCACCGUUCAGGUGUCCACGCCACACUCGCUCGGUAUACUGUCCAGGUCUGAGCCGCCAAGCUCGGGUCGGUUCCGGAAGGGCUACGACCAAGCAAUAUUCGCACCUAUCCUCGACUUUCACAGGCAGACUAAGUCGCCGUUCAUGGUGAACCCGUAUCCUUACUUCGGGUUCAGAGCUGACACCUUGAACUACGCCAUCUUCAAGCCGAACCGCGGCGUAUUUGAUCCGGUCACGAAGGUUAACUACACGAACAUGUUUGACGCUCAGCUCGACGCCGUCUACUGGGCGAUGAAGAAAGUGGGGUAUGAAGAUGUUGACCUAGUGGUUGCAGAGACGGGGUGGCCUUCGGCGGGUGACCCGAAUCAACCAGGCAUCAGCUUGGAAAAUGCGCUUUCGUUUAACGGUAACCUCGUGAAGCACGUCAACUCCGGUAAAGGCACGCCGAUGAUGCCAAAUCGGACCUUUGAGACCUACAUUUUUUCAUUGUUUAAUGAAAAUCUCAAACCCUCCAUAUCGGAGCAGAAUUUCGGGUUGUUCAAACCGGAUCUCAAUCCGGUUUAUGACGUCGGUGUUUUGAGGAAUCAACAGGCACCGGGUCCCACAUCUGGCGUGGCGCAUUCGCCCUCGUCCGAUCCGGAGAAGAAGUGGUGCGUGCCGAAAUCGGACGCUAGCGACCCGGCGUUGCAAGCGAACAUAGACUAUGUCUGCAGCAACGGAGUAGACUGCAGACCUAUACAAGCAGGUGGGACCUGCUUUAACCCGAACAACGUGCGGUCACAUGCAUCGUACGCCAUGAACGCAUACUAUCAGGCCUUCGGUCGCCACGACUUUAACUGUGACUUCAAUCACACCGGAGUGCUCACAUCAACUGAUCCCAGUUACGAAGCGUGUAAUUAUCCUUUUGAUAUUCAUGAAGUAAAGCUGGAAAAGUCUGUGGCGGGAAUCUCGAGGAGAGAUUGUAGUACGAUCUGGAGAUUGAUAAUUGCAGGCUUGAAUUUGAUAUUCCCACCAUUUUUGUUUCUUGUCCUUUAAUAAAAAUAUUUGUUAUUAUUUAUUGUUUUUUACUUUGUGUGAGUUAUGGAGGACGUAAUAGAGCAGUCUGGACUGUCUAGUUUUUUAUUUUUGUGUGAAAUUAGUUUUGGGGCUUUUGGGUUGAAACGGUGCGUAUAAUGGCUAGUGAUUUGGUACCAUGAUUUGACUAAUUGAGAAGAUAAA